AUAGCUUCCAUCAUAUUUUGGUGAGGGAGGAAGAUCGGCCGAAGACGGCCUUUGUACUGUUUGAGGGCACGUGGCAAUGGUUUCGAUGUACGAUGGGGAUUUGCAAUGCGCCUGCCACGUUUCAGCGAGCGAUAAACAUGACGUUCCAGAAUUUCGUCAACAAGACACGACUGACACAAGGGAUGAUUAAUUUCUGCGUGAUCGUGUACAUGGACGAUAUCCUGGUCUAUUCGGAUACCUAUCACGGGCACGCGCAGCAUAUUGAAUGGACAUUGGGCGCAUUGAGAGACGCCGGGUUCAAGAUUGCGCUCGAAAAGAGCAAAUUUUUCCUCUCGAAAAUUUCAUUCUUGGGCUACGUCGUGACACGUGGAGGGUUACGACCGGACUCAAGAAAGGUGGCGGCAGUGAAAGAAGCCCCGAUUCCCACGUCACUGACGGAGGUUCGAGCCUUCUUGGGGUUGGCGUCGUACUACCGGCGCUUCAUCAAGGGCUUUGCUGCGAUUGCACGACCACUAACGAAUCUGCUACGGAAGGACCAGCCUCUCAGCUGGGACGCGGAGUGCCAGCAGGCCUUUGCAACCCUCAAGGACGCUCUAGCGACGACCCCUAUUUUGAUUCGGCCGGACCCCUCGAAGCAGUUCAUUCUCAUUACGGACUGGCAACCGGAAGCUAUUUCCGCUAUUCUACCGCAGAAGGGGAACGAUGGUCGUGAACACGUCAUCGAAUACGCGUCACGCAAAGUGCCAGAUGAACGCCGAAAUGACUCCGCACCUCAAGGCGAAUGUUAUGCGGUAGUUUGGGGAAUCCAACGCUUCCAUCCGUAUCUCUACGGACAGAAGUUUCGCCUCGUGACGGAUCACGAGCCUCUGCUAGCUUUGAAGAAGCUCACCAACUACACGGACAUGAUUAGCCAGGGAGCCGCAGAGCGCAUCCCGCCGUCGCAGCAACAAUAUUUGGAUCCCCGGACGGCUCGCGAUCCUGCCUUCUUCAGGCACCCUACGGCGGAGCAGUUUGCUGCCAUUCGAGAAGAAGAGGAGGAAGAAGAGAGCACCGGGAGUGACGAAGACGGAGACGGGAUGGAAGAAGGCGGGGAUAGCGAUGAAGUGCUCGGAGAAGAAGAGGAAACCCCUGAAGAAGGAAGCUAUAGCGAGCAUAGCGAGGGGGAACAGAGCGAAGAAGAAGAAGAAGACGAGGAGGGAGAAGAGGGGCACGAAGAAGAAUCUGCUGGAUCGGAGUGGGAAGCCGUGCCGGAAGAAGCGCUGCGUACGGGUACAGAGGCUGAGGAUCCCGAGGCGGCACGCAAAAGAGAAGAGAUCGCGGCCGGGAAAAAGGAGUUAGAGCUCGCAAGCACGACGAGUCUGCAGAUCCACGACGACCCGAACAGAGAUCCGGAGCUGCCCCGACCUGAAGAUGGCGACCUCGCGGCCAUGACUCCGGCCCCAUCAGCGCGACGACGGAGCCGAUCCCCCUCCUCCCCAACCCGUCCCCCAGUUCGCCGACGUACCGAUACGGGCGAUCGGCCUUCAUCCCCGAUUACUCUCUCGCCGUCCCCUUGACUACCUCACCCUCCGCCAGCUCACCACCCCCGUCACGUUCCCCUCCAAUCUGUUCCCCCGCAACACCUUCCG